AGUCGGACCAAGGCUUCGGAAGAGACCGCAAACUACUGCGGGAGAAGUUUGUCAACGUUUGAAAUGACGCGGAUGGAGCUGGUAUGAUUUGCAUGUGGUCAAAUGGAAAGGCUUUGUGGACACCGUGUGGGACUUUAAUGACUGCCGCUCAAGUCCGGUGGACUCUUUUCCUGGUCUUCGGCCUGCUUGCGGGUCGGUGUCAUGGUGGCUGCUCGGAGGUAGACUCUCUGACGGAGGCGGUGGAAGGCCGCGGCUUCACGCUGGGAUGCAUCUCCUGCAAAAAACGGGAGGAAGUGGUUGCCCGGACAACCGUGGACUGGCACUUCAAAGCUCGAGGAGAAGAUCACUUCGCUCACAUUUUCCACUACGACCACCCGAGUGCUGACGUCCUCCAGGAGGCCUUCAGGGGCCGUCUGGACUGGCUCGGGACUCAAAGCGAGGAUGUCCAGGCGGGCGCCAUCGCCAUCAACAACGUCACUUUCGGGGACGCGGGGACAUACCGAUGCACUUUCCAGCGCACGCUCAUCCUGCCCGGCUACCGCCCAAGCGUGAGCGUGGAGAAGGAGGUGGAGCUCAGCGUGACGUCAGUGGGUAACCGCGAGACGACGGCGGUCAUCUCGGAGAUUGUGAUGUACGUGCUGAUUGUGGUUCUGCAGCUGUGGCUCAUCGGGGUUCUGCUUUACUGCUACAAGAAGACUUUGGACGAUGCUAACGCUCGGGAGGCCCGGAAGGCUCUCAAGGCGCAGAAGGAGCCGCUGCACGCCGAAGUGGAUUGUGACGGGGUGAAGUUAGAGUAACAGGCCACUGGAGGGCGCUGUUGUCGAUGGAGUUACCCUUCCACCGACCUCGUCACGUGUUACUUUUUGUCUUAAAACUUCUCAUGCUGUAUAGUAGUAAUUUUCACUGGCACAUUGGCGCACUGGAAAUGUCUUGUACAAAAUCUAACCUUAAGUUGGAAUCAAACAGUUUGAAAGUACUUGAA